AUGCCCACGCCGCCUUCUGAGAAAGAAGAUGACACGCGGAAGACCCCACGCAUCAGCCAAGACCACAGCGAUUUGCAAUUCUCUCCAAGGCUGUACGGUCGUGAACAGCCAAAGCGUGCCGCUACAAAGAAGUACCAAGAUGUCGCAACGCCACCGAAAGCCAAGAAAGUUUUCAAGACAAUUCCACGAGACCGAGAAAGCGCAUCCGAUGUCGUGGAAGUGCAAUUGGACGGCGUCUCUGACGUGCAGGCAGUCGAGACCGGAGUCGCAAAGAAGCGACCAGCAGGAGACCAUAAGAGCAGCACCGCGAAGCGAGCCAAGUACGACCUAAACUCCCAAAAACCUUCGCUGCAGGACAGACUGCGACCAGCAACUCGAUCGCAUUCGACAUCCAAGGUGGAUCCACCAAAGCAGUCAAAUCCAGCAUCAAGCCCAGAAACGCAUCCCUCAAGGCCACCGGUGUACGACCAGCGUGGCACGCGUGCACCAGUCAAGGAGCGUCUUCUGGAGACCCAGACCGAGCCUGAACAAUUGCCCUGGAAUUGCCUUGAGCUUGCCACUCAUCACUCUGAUGGCUUGAGGCCGAGCUUUUUGCAGAAUGAAGACUGCCGGCUCCUCACCAAACUGAAGAUUCCAGAUUCGGCAGACGAAGCCCGCCGGAAGACGUAUGAACAAGGCUACAAAGAGAUUGAGACCUGGGCCCUCCUAGCAGAAGCUGGCGCGCUGACCGAACCUCAUCAAGACAGCCACGGAUACAGCACUUUUAUUACAGUCAACCAAGGGGAAGUAGGCUUCGGCUUUCUAUCGCACCCAACUGUUGAGGAGCGUGAAGGUUGGCGCAAGCAUCCCCAGCAAUUUACCGGGGGCAGAUGGCGUUAUGUUGUCCUCAAACCGGGUCAGACUGUGUAUUUCCCUGCCGGUACAGUCCACAUGGUAUUCCGACUGCCCUCUGCUGGCCACACUCUUGCGUUCGGAGGCCAUGUCUUACGUUGCUCGAAUAUCGUGCAUUGGGUCAAAACUCUUAUCGAAGAGCGAGAUCAUCCCAACAUUACGAAUGAGGAUUUGCUGGAUUCGUCUUCGGGAUAUUUGGCACGCGUCGAGCGCUUCGUGACUAGGGCAUUGGAGAAUGGUACGGCGGAGAAGUGGGGAGGGAAGGAGUCCAUUGCAAAAUUCUUGACGUUGAAGAAAGAGUUUUCGCGAAAGAGGCAGAAGCAGACAAGACGUUGA